AUGGAAGUGCAAUUUACCUUUUCGGACAAGGAAAAACUUGUACGUCUUUUACACAAAGGCUUAUCAAUUGAGGGUGAAGCACAAAAAACAGAAAUACGUAAUGCUACUGAUGAAAUUGGUCAACAUUUUAUACAAAGAUUUUCUACUAAAAAGGAGUUGUGGAAUAACUUUCUUGAAAAGAAUUGGAAUAAUUGCGGAGAGAAUUGGGGAAAUCUAGACUUUACCUCAGAACAUAUGUUUGGGAUCAUGGAGGCAUAUAAAGAAGGCACUAAGGAAAUUCUGAAUAUCUUAGAAGAAGUUAUCAAUAAGUUGCAAAGUAUGGAAACCCUAGCCGUCUACAGAGAUUUCGUUACUGAUUUUAUUGUAGAACUUGAAGUAAGAUUUAGAGAUUGGCCUAAUGCGAAAAGCGCUAUCUAUAGCAAGAUCAGACAAGAAAGUGUAAAUUAUGGGCAAAGAGAUAAAGAAUGUAUUUCAGAAUUGCAGAAUUUUUUGCAAGCAGUUAACAUGACUGUCGAGGACAUCGAGUUAAUGAUACGUUUUAAGAAGAGGAGCAAUAAAGAGUUUCAUAAAGGAGAAUAUCUAAAGCAUCUUGAACCUAAAGAAGCAAGGGAAAAUUUCGAAGCUUCAUUUCCAGACAGUCUAAAAGUUUUCAAAGAUUCUUUUAGAAAGGUCUUCAACGCUUUAGAUCAUUGGGACAAGUAUCGUAAUUCAGAUAAUUCUUGCAUAUAA